AUGUUCCGCAACCGCAACAACACCCAAAAGCCUGAUGACGAGUUCAUCAGUCGCUUCCAAACCACAUUUGCCGAUAUUGUUCCCCGGCGGGCAAGCCAAACAAAUGCGUCGCACGGCAAUUUCCCUCCCGGAGCAGGAGAUCCGAUGGUCUCGGACAGACCUAUGGAGCACCAUGACAUGAAAAUUGAAGAACACGAGCUCAAGUUUCCCAGCGAGAGGACGCCUCGCAAUCUUCAUGAUUUGAACUUCACUCCCUCGUGGAUCGACCCUAACUCUAUGAAUAUGAUGUCUCUCGCUGGGCAGCACCCGGGUUUCUUCACGCCCAAUUCGGGUGGCAUGGGCGCCAUCUUCCAUAACCAGGCAGGCGAUUUACACACACCGACUGCCGGAUUAAACAUGAUCACUCCCCUCUCCCUCUCACACUCCAUGCCCAUGGGCCAACACCAUGGACCUCCGACAAUAAAUCACUUUAACCAGCAAUAUCUGGCCCAACACGUGCCCGACAUGCAUCCAUAUGUUCAGCAGCAAACCUUUGCGCCAAGCGCUUUCCUGCAUCGAGACUCGUUUGAAGCCAUGGACGAGUCUGUGGACGGCACCUCGAUUCACAGCUUACCGAUUGAUCAGACAUCCAUCAUAUCCGCCUCAACAGAGUAUUCGGGGGCACUGAAUGUGAGCUAUGCUGAUGGAGAGAAAUUCCGUUUCAAUGUGUCUCUAAGAGCGCCUACUGCCAUGGUGAAGCAUCCAAGAGAAGUUCCCAUCUCUUACCUGAACAAAGGUCAAGCAUAUAAUCUCACCGUCAUGGAUUCGAACCCUCCCAUGAUGGGCUCUGAGCCACUUCAGUACCGAACCUACGUACGGGUGUCUUUUGAGGAGGAAGAGCAACGUUCCAAGCCGGCAGCCUGUUGGCAGUUAUGGAAAGAGGGCCGUGGCAUGAGCGAGUCCCAUCAACGGGGAGGGAAACUCUUAGCAGUGGAAUACGUGGAUUCCCACCAAGGCGGCGACGACCACAAGCACCGCCAAAUUUCCGUGGAACACACUUCCUUUGACGGAUUCUGCGUGACCUGGACGGCCAACCCCACGACGGGAACACCCGACUGUUCGAUCCCUGUUCGGUUCAACUUCUUGUCCACUGACUUCAGCCACUCCAAGGGAGUCAAGGGCAUUCCGGUGAGACUCUGCGCCAAGACUGAGCUCUUGACCCCCACCGAUGAAUCGGACAGUCCUCGCGAGGCAGAGGUCUGCUACUGCAAAGUCAAGCUUUUCCGUGACCAUGGUGCUGAACGAAAGCUGUCCAACGACGUAGCGCACGUCAAGAAAACCAUCGAGAAGUUAAAGCAACAGAUCGCCCAAGCGGAGAUGGGUGGUGGCUUCGGCAAACGCAAGCGUGGAAGCAAUGCUACCGCGAAUGUCAAGAUGUCCGAUCGAUCCAAGACGAUCAAGCACAAGCGCACAUGGUCCAUGAGCUCGCAAGACGGCCAACCAGAGAAAAUGUCUCUUGAAGACGAUUUGCAGGCGAAGUUGGUCAUGAUGCAGGACAUGUUCUCAUCAACUCGGACCAUGAGUGUUCUUGCCCUCCGUGGUGACGAGGAAGACGACCCCGACCUGUUCCCCGUCCGACUGCCCACGGACAGUGAAUCCAUCAAGUUAGAAACUCUCAGCCGACAGAACACGGGUGCCUCUCAGUCUAUGGAGUCCUUGAUCCUGUCUCCUACGAGCAGCAACAUCUCCGUCAACUCACCCCAGAUACACGAGAGCAAGAUGGCCGCUUGGAAGGACACCAAGACCCCGACCACGGUUCCGCGAGUAGCGAACAGCACUUCCUCUAUCUCGACUGGGUUCAUCGAGGCGGUCGACAUUGACCCGACUUACCGUCCACCUGUGGAGCGCCCGCAAAAGCCUAUUGCAUGCUUUUACGUGCGCUUCACCAGUAACGACGAGCAGCCUGAUUAUUACCGCGCCAUCUAUCUCUCCGAGCGCACAGUGCGGGACUUGAUGAAAAAGAUUUCUGAGAAAAACCACCUGGAUCCGUCUCGGAUCGUACGGAUCCUGCACGUCAACCAAAAUGGAUUACGGAUCAUGGUCGACGAUGAUGUUGUGCGGGAGCUACCGGAAGGACAGGACAUGAUCGUUGACAUCUCAGAAUCCCCUGCCCCCGGCAACGAGGGCACAAACUGGUCGCCCGAUACUCCCGUGGAGAUCAAGUUGACGUACUAG